CCCAAAGCGCUUCAAGAGACCCCCAAGAGACCGCCAAGAGCCACCCCGUAGCCAUUUUUGCUCAAGUUUGCCUCGAGUUAACGGAUUCAGACAUAUUGGAUACAUCGGUACGGUAUUGUGUCCCAUAGCAUGUUGCCGCGAACGCGCCUUGCGACAUCUCGACAUGGAGUGGUGGAACUCAUCGAGCUAUUGAGUUUUCUUCCACUUGCGGCGUCAUUUGCGCUGCCCUCAGUCGCUUCUCAUCGCGAAUGUAAGCCGAAAGCGACAACAAAGUAUUCAAUUCGUCACGGCGCGAAGCCUUCAGGGCAAGGCAACCUAUGGGAAUACUAUCACUUCUUGAUCGAUUUUGCUACAGCUAUGUUGCACUUCAUGCGUAACGACAGCGCGCCCUACAAAAUUUUGCAGGUGCCAGACUGGCGCAAUAACAAGUUCCGUUUGGCGUUGCCGGGCCAGCCGCAGAGGAGUAUGGAAGCGCAUUUUGAGUUCGUCUUGGGGCAGCCGUUGGGUCUGACCAUCGAAGUCGCCAGCAGCUUUGAGGCCUUCGCGGAGAACGCCAGGACGUCGAGGCAGCUCGACUGGGACUGCCACGGCGCAGGCCAGUCGAAUCAGUGGUCUGGAUUCCCCAAAGAGCACCUCGUGGAGUUCCGGGACCACGCCUGGGGCCUGCCUGGCCUGCCGCCAGCCUGGCACUGAGACGUCGUCGCUGUGAGGCGCGGACAUCUCCAGAACUACACGGGCCCACCCCCGGGGUGUUCUCGUCGAUGCCUGGGCGAGCGCUUCUACGAUCGCCUGCUGGAAAAUCAAGCUGUUGCCGACCAGAUCGCUCUGUCUUCGCAUGCGAGUGUCACUGUUGCGCAGCGUGGCGCCGCGCUGUCGAACAUCAUCUUUGCACGUCCAGGAGCGCUGGCCGUCGAGGUGGGAAAGGCCGAUUUUCCAUGCUACCAGAGGUUAUCUGCAGAACUUGGGUUACCUUUUCUCUAUUACGAUACGGAUGAGUUUUCAGAUCACGUUGCACAGGGCAUCUCGAAAGCGUCAGCAGAUGACAUCGGCAGAGGCGACGAGCAGUUAAGGGAGCUUCGCGACGUCAUCGGGCGGUUCGCGCUGCCUCCAGAGCAGCGCCUCCCAUGUGCGCUGCCCCGAUUUCGCCACGUGCGUAGGGCAGCAGUUCGGGCAGUAGUAGAAUACCUUCAUGAGGCCCUAUUUGGUUCAGUAGGGCUGUCUAGGGAGGCAACUGGUUUCCAAGGCCAUUCAGCGCUUUGUUGUCUCCUUCGGAGUCUGGCCAACUCAUCGGGUCCUUCGCCAGCGCUUCUCUGGACCACGCGCAAGUUGUAGUUCGGGCAAUUUUUGUCGCCAGCCUGCGUUCUCACAGCCAGCGCGCGACCCGGUCCAGCGGAACAAAUUCGGGUGCUGGUCCCAGCAGCGGCCACUGUCUAUCGGCGGUUCCGUCAGUUGGGUGGGCCAUCCUUACGGGGACUGCGGGGCCAGCUUUUGCUCGCAUCCUUCUCCCCCCUCCCCGUCCUCUCUCUUAUGGGCCGCGAGCGUUUCAACCUGCUCGUGUGAGCCGGCCACCGCGGGUUCGAGCCUUCGUUUCUGUGCGCUCGAAUAUGAAAAAAAGAGAG